AGAAAAAAGUUGAGUGUUUUCGCUAAGCCGCGUAGUAUUUCGGAAAUUUUGACUGUUCUUUGGUCAAAUUCGACUUUAAAGUGGUUGAAAGUUGAAGUUAGUUGCAUGUCCCGUAAGUUUAUGUCAAAUGUAGCGAAAAAAUACCGCUCGGAAUGACGAAAAUACGGUUGAUUGGCGAGCGGGCGCCAAGCGUCGCAGUCACCGUAAAAUAGUGUGAAAAAGUGGAAAUUAUUGCUUCUAACAAUGGAUUGAAACAGAGAUUGACAGUGAUAAAGUUCGUAAAUAGAGAAGAGUUCGAAAACAGUGAAGAAACCAGAGAACUCCAGCACUACUGAGCUUGUCCAUUUUGUGUAAAAUAAAAAAAAAAAAAAAGAAAAUAAAACACCACGCGUAGAAGGGUCUCACCAUGUUCUACGCACACAUUGUGCUGGCCAAAAAGGGGCCGCUGGCCCGAAUUUGGCUGGCAGCCCAUUGGGAUAAAAAGAUAACCAAAGCGCAUGUGUUCGAGACGAACAUCGAACAGUCCGUCGACGGUAUUAUGCAGCCGAAGGUGAAGCUGGCCCUCCGGACUUCCGGUCAUCUGCUGCUGGGUGUGGUGCGAAUAUACGCCAGAAAGGCCAAGUAUCUGCUGGCCGACUGUAAUGAAGCCUUCGUCAAAAUUAAGAUGGCUUUCCGACCAGGAAUGGUGGACCUGCCGGAAGAACACCGAGAGGCAGCGGUGAACGCGAUUACAUUGCCGGAAGUGUUUCACGAUUUUGACACACCGCUUCCGGAAUUGAAUGACGUCGAUAUUGAAGCUCAUUUUUCCAUCAACCAGUCGCGUGCCGAUGAGAUUACAAUGCGCGAAGACUACGGCACAUUACCGAUGAACAUCCACGAUGAUGGCUUCGGCGAUAUGGGAUUCGACGACACGCCUGACAUUGUUCGUGAACGGAUCGAAGAACCGUUGGAGGGACUGAGCAAUGCGCCGACAAUGUCAUCCUCGCUGGAAGAGUCGGCACAAAAUAAAGACAGUACGGAAGUGGAAGGCGUUACAGCGACGGCAAAGGACGAUUCCGGCAAGGAGAAAACGGACAAGAAGGGUCUUCGAGCCCGCGCCAAAAGUUUGUACGAAGAGCUCAGCGAACAGCCGGCGCAGGAUACCCGAUGGAACGAGUAUCUUGACGACCUCUUCACCGAUCCGGUCGCGCCGCCACCGGAUCUGGAACAGGAAAAGGAACCACUGCCCGGUACGUCCCGUUCGCUGUUGGACCCGUUCGAUCCCCAUCAUCCGCAUGCCGUGGACAAUGACGGAUUCGGCGACGAAGGAUUCGGUGCCGAACCGGCCGCUGGAUUGUUCGAGGGCGAUAUCUUUGCCGACGCUCCGUUGGCACCGGAACCGGAACUGCCGGGUGAACCGGCUGCGCAGGCUCAGGCCGGUCAGGAACGAGACAGCGAGGACGAUGACGAUGAUCAUUUUGACGUUGGAGGUGCUCCGUCUCCUGCGGCCAGCUCGGACGGGUCACGGCCGCCGUCACCGAUCAUGACACAACAACUAUUGGACGAUCUGCAGAAACCAAGCACAAGUCAGGCUGGCGUGACGAAAGUUCCAGUCUAUCAUGACGGCGGAGCAACAGAAACACCUGCUAUCCCGGCUGAGGAUCCGCACCCCGAGGAUGCUGCAGACCGAAGAUUGGACACCGAGGACGAGAGAGUGACCGGCGAUGGAGCUGCAGACGAAGACGUUGAGCAUCCGGAACAAACGACAUUGUUGCACAACGAAGAGGAGAGUUUUGCUCUGGCGCCUGUCGAUGCAUCCGCCUUGAAAGGUGUUACCAAAAGCAAGCGAAAGCGAAAACUUAUCGUCGACGAAGUGAAGAAUAUUAGCGGCGAAGAGAUGAAGAGUCAACUUGCGAAUACUUCAGAUAUUGUAACAACAUUGGAUUUGGCACCACCAACGAAACGAUUGAUGUACUGGAAAGAAACCGGUGGCGUAGAGAAACUGUUUGCUCUGCCAUCGCGAGACAUUCCGGCUAGAUGCUUAUUUAAAAAUUAUCAACGCCAUCUGACGUCGCGAUCAAUUGGAAUUGAGGACUUUUCGGUUCUUGGUUCGCUGGAUGUGCUCGGCGUUGAACAGCAACAACCGGAACGCCCAGAAUCUCCCGUCACACAGCGACGAGGUAGAAAACGAAAGGUUAUCGAUUUGCCUCCUCCGGAAACGCCCGCCACACCUAUGAUGCCAAUGACACCCGCAACCCCACUGCACCUCGAUCAAUCUUCUGUCGAUCAAAUGCGAGAGGCAGUUGAUAUGCCACCAGCAACCCCAGUGUCGAUGGAACUUCGGGACCAGGAGCUUUGUCCUGACGUCAGUCAAGGCUUCCCCCAUGAUGGAAGCAUGAUGCCACCACCUGCAACACCUGGCCUCAGUCAGCUGGGAAGCCCGAACCUAGGAAUGCACACCCCGCAAAUGAUGCCACCGACACCGGGAAUGCCAAGCAUACCGAUGACGCCGGGCAGCCUGGAUCAUGGUGCGCUAUCGUUGACAGGUUUACCCCAUGGUGGUCUCACUCCGGGCGAUUUGCAACACGGUGGUAUGACUCCAGUUGGUCUUCAUCACGGUGGCAUGACUCCAGCCGGAUUGCAGCACGGUGACUCUGGCCAUCUCAUGCCUGAUUUACCGGGAGCGAUGACACCGCACGGCCUGGAACACGGUGGAAUGACACCGCAUCAUGCCAGUUUGGAAAGCAUCGAUCAAAUUCCGAACCUGCCGGCAGAUCAAGUUUCGUCAAUAUUAAACGAGCCGGGAAUGGAAAACUUCUCCAACAUGGACUACGAUGGACAUCCACCUUCGCCGGCGCGAGGUGUUCUGGCGGAUGAUGUGAACAAUGAAUGGAAUCAGGACUACGAAUUCGCCCCGUCCGUUGCAGGACAACAAGCCAGUGAAGAACAGCAAAUCGAUGAAACAAUCGAGCAAUUCGAGGAACGUGUUCUAAACAAACGCGCAGCGCAGCUGUUUAUCUCGGUACGGUCACGUCUGCUAAAGAAUGAUAGCAUGGUCCUGUCGGAUAUGACCCAUCGGAACAACAAAAAACAGGCUGCCCAGAAGUUUUAUUCACUACUGGUGCUGAAAAAGUUCAAAGCCCUCGAGAUCUCGCAGCAGCGGCCGUACGAUGAUAUUCUGAUCACCCGGGGACCACUGUUCGAUAAUCCCAAACUUUAAGCUCCGCUCCGGUUUGCUCCGUUGUUGAGGACCUUACAUCCGUAGAGUGCACUUUUCUAUUCGUUUAUUAAAGUUUAAGUUCAAAGUAGUCAAACCGAGUAGGCAUCCUGUAAACGUAAGAGGACUGCAAUAUGCACCGUUAGCAAGUUUUGUAAAAAAAUGCAUGUGCAUUUUUUUGUUGUAUUGUUCAAGCAUAAAGUACCCACAUUGAUAAGUAAUGUAAAUAAGUAUUCAUUUCAAUAAGCACUAAGAAGCAAAUCAGUCACAGGGACAGAUUGGAUUAUUUCCGGCAUCGAAAUAUUCCAUCCUGUUAAAGGGUGAUUUGCAAGGUUUGCUGUUGUUGUUUUGUUCGACGAUGACUAGGUGAAACAAGACGGUUUUGUCUAGUUUGUUAUGCAAAGCUACAGCGGGCAUGAACUUGAUAUGCGUUUCAUCGUGACAAAUCAAGUUCGUUUUCGGUUCGAUUAUUGUUCUAGCCCGAUUCGUUGAUAAGCAACUAGAAACAGUCUGCACAGCGACGAGAAUCAUCCUUUGUUCUCUUGUAAAUAUGCAUAUUUGUUUAAUGAUUAAGGCGCAAAUC